AAGACAUGAUCAUUAAUCAAACGCACAAUCGCCACCAAACAAGAGAAAGUUGAUCGCCUUCCGAGCAGAGCAGUGCAUCCCCUCUCUGCUCCGGUCGACCCCCCGCCGCCGCCCCGCCUCCUUGCUCUAAUCCAAUGGCCUACGCCGCACGCGUCGUGGCCAGGAUCCAGCCCGCCGCCUCCCUCGCCGCGACGCCGCGGUCCGAGCCGCGCCGCCCCUCCAGCCUCCGCGUAGGGGCUCUGAGUGGAUGCACAACAGUUCAACAACAAAAAUUUGUUGCUAAAUCUGCUAUCUCCGUGGUGGAAGGUGGUGAUGCAUUUGUUGGAGUAAAGCAAAAUACUAGAUCAAUCAUAGUCAUAGACAACUACGAUAGCUUCACAUACAAUCUAUGCCAGUACAUGGGAGAGGCGGGGGCUAAUUUUGAGGUUUAUCGCAAUGAUGAGAUCACCGUGGAAGAAAUUAAGAAGAUUUCUCCUAGAGGAAUACUUAUCUCCCCAGGCCCUGGCACGCCUCAAGAUUCAGGAAUAUCCUUGCAAACAGUUACAGAGCUUGGACCCUCUAUACCGUUAUUUGGGGUUUGCAUGGGUUUACAAUGCAUUGGAGAGGCAUUUGGAGGGAAGGUUGUCCGAUCUCCUUAUGGAGUUGUGCAUGGAAAGGGCUCCCUUGUUCAUUAUGAUGAGAAGCUUGAUGGAACUCUGUUUUCUGGUCUUCCAAACCCAUUCCAAGCCGGAAGGUACCACAGCCUCGUGAUUGAAAAGGAUAGCUUUCCACGUGAUGCCCUAGAAAUUGUUGCAUGGACAGAUGAUGGGUUGAUCAUGGCUGCUCGCCACAGAAAAUACAGACAUAUUCAGGGCGUGCAGUUCCAUCCAGAGAGCAUCAUAACCACUGAAGGGAGGCUCAUGAUCAAGAAUUUCAUCAAGAUCAUUGAAGGCUACGAAGCCUUGAACGGCAUUCCAUGAUUCGUCUAGUUGGAAGCAGCAGACAUACGUGGUUACCAUGUUGUCACGAUACAUUCUGGUCUCCCAUCAGCGUAAUUCCGCUGGUGCUCAAACAUGUAAACUUCGGCUGCUCACGUUCAAGUGUCACAACGCUCCAAGUCAAACUACUGUACAUGUCCACACGUCUAUGUCAUAUUACAAAAUGGACAUGAAAUUGUGUCUUCUUUGGCGGAAAGGGAUACAAGUGGGCCACCCAACGUUCAGUUACCCCUCUAGUGCAUUUGACCUCUAAACCUUGCGAACAAAAUGAACUCGUAACUGGUUCGAGUUCAAUGCAGUGAAUUAUGAGACUUCAUCCCUA